UGUUAGUGAUUUGAAAGAGAAAACAGAUCCAUUUCGAAUCCAUUUCUGAUCUUUUGAAUUGGGUGACAACAUAUUGUGGCUACCAAACUUCGAACUUUUUAAGGUUUCUGAUCACAGGAAUCUAUUUCUCAGUGCACCUUUAGGUACAGCUGCUCAAUUUUUAUUUCAAUUUUGUUAUACAAUUUGAUUUGCUUGUCGGGUCAUAGUACGAAAUAUUUUGCUUAGAAUUCAAAAGCAAAACUAGGUAGAGUUGAGUUGAAAUUGGCCAACACUAACAGGGCUAUUUAUAAAGCUAACUCCAGCCAAAAGCCAAUUUAAUUUGCAGCGCCACGCCAUUGAAGAAAAAUAAGAAAACUCAAGCAUGGAGGGUAAGUUAUUGCUCUACUCUGCACUAACAAUAUACUUCUUUCGCUGUAGCUUCGGCCGAGUGAUUGAAUCUCCACAAUAUAAGGUGAUUCAUUUAGAAUCAGAUUUUGAGAUCAGACAGUACAGACAAGUCUCAUGGAUGUCUGCUCUCGUCCAAGGAACAGCCUCCUUUGAGAAGUCCACCCAACAAGGCUUCCACAGAUUGUACCAGUACAUUCAUGGGGCUAACAGCAACUCUUCUCGCCUUAUGAUGACUUCUCCUGUCACAACCACCAUAACAGCAUCGACACAUGGUCUCGAUCGUUUGGUGAGGUAUUACCUGCCUGUUAUGUAUGCCAAGAACCCGCCGCUGCCCAACUCUGAACUGAAUGUUCAGUUUGAGAAGUGGACAAGCAAUUGCUUAGCAGUCAGGCGGUUUUCUGGGUUUGCUAAAGAUGAUAACAUUAACAAAGAAAUUGAUGCUCUGAUGAGCAGCUUGAGCAAGUACCUGCCAGGGAGUGGAGCCAUUUCAAAAUACACCAUUGCUCAGUAUAAUUCUUCGCAUCACCCAUCGGGGCGAUUGAACGAAGUUUGGCUCGACGUUUCGGCUUUUACUGCUGAGGGAUGUCAACCCCUGUGAGGAGUUGUCUUGAGUUGGCCUCUGUACUGUUGCAGGCUGUGUGAUUGUCUAUAGCAUAAUAAAAUGUAAUGUCUUUCUGAGUAACAAAAACUAAAUAAAAGAUCAUAUUAUAACACUGCUCUUGAGGUA